CCCAAAGCUGUUGUCGACAGGGGACCGACCCACCCGAGGGCCCCCAACUCCCCAGAGCUCCAAGCUCCAAGCCCUCCUGGCACUUGUUUACCCCUCCCGUUUCAAUCCAUUACAUGUACAGUAGGUACAAGUCGCACCUGCCUUGCCUUCAUCAUGCCAUGCCCAGCCUUGCACUGCCAGCCUGCCAGGCCUGCCAACUCUCCGAGUGGGACCAGGACGGCAAAGACGGGAGGCAGAUGGCUAAGCUUUCGCUUGUGCCUGUGCCCACGCACGGUUUCUCCCCGGGACAAGGACGUUGGCCAAAACCACCCCCACCACGCCUGCCACGCUCGCUCGCGCCAUCCGCCAGCCAUUUCGUUUCCUCCUCGACCAGGACUGCAACCUCAUUUCUCCUGGCCCUUUUUAGCCCCCGGCAGAGUGUGACCACAUUCAAUGGUUCAUGUCGGUUGCCCUGUCGGCCUGUCAGAAUGACCACGCGAGCAACAACAACGCCGACGGAGAUGGUGGCGUGCAACCCUUCGAGUUGCCGAGACAAGACCGAGCUCGAGCGAGCCCGUCCGGUUGGAGGAACGGCCCCUAGCCCUCUGCCUCCCAGUCGAGCUGCGACUGCCGACGCCCUGAAACAGGCCUAGCACGUCCGAGAGGCCCUGUCGAGCUGGCAGGCUGGGUGUGCUGCUAUUUCCAGAAGCCACAGGACAACAACAGCCCGUCGCGCCAGAACAGAAGGGGAUGCUCGGUGUGUGCAAGCUGCCAGGGUGCAAGGUGCAAGGUGCGGGGGAGGCAGAAGGACGAUGCGCCCUUGUUGGUAGAUCGCAAUCGCGGUGUGAGAGAUAUAGGCCAUCUCGACUACGGACAUCAGAUGACUGAGCUUUGUGCUGGUCCGCGGGCAGCACAACCUGACAACCAAGCGCCACCCACCUGAGCGCACCCGCCUGCACCAGCCUGCAUGGCCAAGCAGCCAAGCCGUGACGGCCGCCCAAGAAAUGAUUGUCGCCCAAGACCCGGCAGACCGGGAGGGCUGGUCGGGGGGGCAGCAAGGCAGGCAAGGCAGGCGAUGACACAUCCUUUCUGCCCCUUUCAGGGCUGCUCAGCCACUUGCCCACCGCGACUCCAAUCCCCAACAAGCACGGACGAGGACGAGUGCCGGGUGCCGCGCCGCCCAAUCGAGCCGGAGCUGGGAUACACUUGCGAGCAGAGCGAUGGAUGAAGCAACCUCUCGGUCGUCGUCCAGCCAUUGCGAGCCGUCGCUGUGGUUACAGCAGCAAAACGCAGCGCCGGGCCAAGUCCUUGGGUCCUGCGACAAACCGCCGAAUCGCAGCGCAUCUUUUGUGUGCAGUCCAGAUCCGAUCUGAUAACUCUGGGCCGCGCUAUAUUAGCAUCGUCGAGGGUUUUGAAGGGGAAAAAAAGCUCCAUCCCCCCAUGUCCCCGGCCCAACGGCCCCAACGGCCUAUCUUGCUGCUUGGUGCUGCUUCGUCCGAGUACUUUCUGCUAGCUUGCCACUUGCAAGCUUGUCCUCUGCUGGUGCUUGUGCUCACACACCCCUGCCAUGCCUGUCUGUCUCCCCGGGCAAAGGCUGGCGCAGGGCCCCGCAGUGACGCCAAUUCGACCCUCGGCGCUCACUCUCACUUCACACAAGCACCCCGGCGAGUCAGCGCUCCUUCAUACUAAUAAUACUGUCUGACCGUCCGGGGGUCCAACGACGACGUCCCCCGUCCGCGAGCCGUGCCUUGUCCGAAUUCUCACGUCUCAUCUGCAUGUGAAGAAGGGCCUCUGAGCUGUUCAACUCAAGUCUGUCAUCGCCAGGUUGCGACAUCAUCCCCCUCACACCCUCCUCAGGAACAAACCCCCCAAAACAGCCGGACAAGAUGAGCUCCGUCAAUGGGUACGGCACUGCUGGGCCCGGCGCCACCAACGGUCCCGCCCGCCAGCGUGCCGGCCACAAUGCGACCGACGAGGAGCAACCUCUGCUCAACGGCGUCGGCGCGGCGCAGAGCGGCAGCUCCAAGUCGCUCACCUCGCGGCUGCGCAAGGCCGCCGGCGCAGAGGUCAGGCGCGACUGGGCCGACGUCGUGCUCAUCUUCUGCUACAUCAUCACGGGCAUGCUGGACAGCUCGGCCAUCUCUGACUGGGGCUCCUUCGUCUCCAUGCAGACAGGCAACACCGUCUACAUAGGUCUAGGCCUAGCAGCCCCGACGGAAGGGACCCGCUGGAUAAAAUCAGGCACCUCGCUCGGCUUCUUCUGCAUAGGCUCCUUCUUCUUCAGCCGCUUCCACAGGCACUUCGGCCCCAAGCGCCGCGCGACCCUGAUCGCCUCCUUCACGCUGCAGGCGGCCCUGUGCAUCGCCGCCGCCUCCAUCGUGACCUUUGGGCCCGGCGCCGGGGGCAGCGGCAGGCCGGACAGCAAGGACGCCAUCACCUGGGACGUGCUGGUCCCCAUCGCCCUCGUGGCCUUCCAGGCCUGCGGGCAGGCCGUCACCUCCCGCGCGCUGAAGUACAACGCCCUCACCAGCGUCGUGCUCACCAGCAUCUACUGCGACCUCUUCAGCGACGCGGAGCUGUUCCGCGCCGCCAACCCCGAGCGCAACAGGCGCCUGGGCGCGCCCUCCAUGUGCCUCGCCGGCGCCGUCCUGGGGGGUCUGUUUGCGCACUCGCGGUUCGGCAUCGCCGGCGCCAUGUGGACUGCUAGUGCCAUGAAGGUGUUUGUUGUUGUUGUCUGGCUGCUGUGGCCUGCUGAGGCGGUGGAGGAGGAUUAG